AUGGGCGACGUCCUGCGGCACAGCAGAGACAUCGCAUCGCAGAACGCCGCGGCAUCACACGACGAGACCGAGGAGGAGCUCAAGAGGCAGGCAUGUGGCCACCGGUAUCCGUACCGCAACUUGAAAGCAAGCAUCGCAGCAGCCGUAUCUGGUGUGGCGCCAAGACCAGGUCUACUCGUCCAACCUGUAAGAGCGCGUGUAUGGCUAGACGGCGUCGGCUCGGGGCCCUGGUUGCGGUAA